AACAUGACAUUUUACUGCAGUAAAUUUGUAUUUAACUAAAAGAUGUUGGAUCCCGACCAGAUUCAUACUAAAAUAAAAAAUUGUUGUACCAAUCGUCUCCAUAAGUUCAAAUAGCGUGAUUCUCGUCAAAGUUCUUAUUUUUUAAUCUAAGUAACAAAACAGUUCCAUUGAGGUGAGUGAAAAUAUACACAGAAACGUGGAAAGAGGAGGAUUCGCGGUGAACACACUAAUCAUCUUGAAUUCAUUCUGACUACUUUCUCUAUAUUCUUUCUCAUACCAUUCUUGGAGACAAGGCCAGGCAGUAGCUAAACUCAGCCUCCAAAACACUUUUGCGUCCUACACUGGUACAUACAUAUACAUAUCUUGUUCCCAAACCAAACUCUCUAGUCAGUGUGCAACCACACGGAACACAAAUGGCAGAUAAUGUUGUUAGCUUCUUGCUAGAAAACUUGACACGACUGCUUAACGAUGAAGUCAAGUUGCUUUUUGGCGUGGAGGAGAAAGUCAAUUUCCUGGCCAAUGAGCUCCAGUUUAUCAACAUCUUCCUCAAGAGCUCUGAGGGGAAGCGCAGUGAUCAAGUAGUGAAACAAGUGGUGAGCCAAAUAAGAGAUGUUGCCUACAAAGCUGAAGAUGUGGUUGACACUUAUGUUACCAACAUCUCCAAACACAAAAACAGAAACAUACUUAGCAAGUUAUUCCACGGAAAAAAUCAAGUCAUUCUGCUACAUGAAGUUAACACUGAGAUAGAGAAUAUCAAAAGUCAAAUUGAUGAGAUUUAUAAGAACAAGGAGAGAUAUGGAAUUGAACAAGGCGAAUUCCAAAGGGAAGAAGCUGCUGCAGCAGAAUCACUCCGCAGAAGAAGGAGGGAUGUGGAGGAAGAAGACGUGGUGGGCUUCGUGCAUGACUCCAGCGUUGUCAUUCAGCAACUGAAGGAAAGUGAUUUGCGCCUUAAAGUUGUUUCCAUAAUCGGCAUGGGAGGGCUAGGCAAGACCACUCUUGCUCGAAAGAUCUAUAACAAUCAUGAGGUGAACACGUUGUUUCCUUGUCGUGCAUGGGGUUAUGUGUCUAACGAUUACCGACCUAUGGAGCUUUUACUUAGCCUUCUCAAGUGUUUAAGUUCAUCCAUUUCUGAACGGGAAAAUUUAAGUGAGGAAGAUUUGAAGAAUAAGGUGGCAGCAGAGUUGAAGGAGAAAAAGUAUCUGAUAGUGCUUGAUGACAUCUGGAAUUCCCAAGUGUGGGAUGAAGUUAAAGGUGCCUUUCCAGAUGACAAAACAGGUAGCAGAAUACUCAUAACAAGUCGUACAAAUGAGAUGGUUCACUGUACAAGAACCACAUCUCCCCACUACCUUCCUGUUCUAAAUGAAGAUGAAAGUUGGGAACUAUUUUCUAAGAAGGUGUUUCGAGAUGAGCAAUGCCCUCCUUAUUUAGAGCCUCUGGGCAGAUCCAUUGUCGAAACUUGCAAGGGUUUACCGCUUGCCAUUGUGGUCUUAGCUGGACUCGUUGCCAAGAAGGAGAGGUCACAAAGAGAAUGGAAGAGAAUAAAGCAUGAAAUUUUGCAUCAUACUCGAGUGAGGGAUAUACUGAAGCUCAGCUAUGACAGCUUACCUUCAAGCUUAAAGCAUUGCUUUCUAUAUUUUGGAAUCUAUCCUGAAGACUAUGAGAUCAAUGUAAAGGAAGUGAUGCAACUAUGGAUAGCUGAAGGGUUCAUACAAAAAGAAAAGCCAAAUGCAUCAGAAGAAUUGGAAGAUGUUGCAGACAGAUACUUGGAUGAUCUGGUGGAUCGCAGCUUAGUACAAGUGGCAAAAAAGAGGAGUGAUGGUGGUGUCAAGACAUGCCGGAUUCACGAUCUUCUUCGCGAAUUCUGCAUAUCAGAAAGCUCAAAUAAUAAGUUUCUAGAGGUUUGCAAAGAGUCCAAUGUUGAUAACUUGAGAAAUUUAAAUCCCCGUAGAUUGUCCUUCCACUGCCAACCACCCUCUUAUAUUUUUGUAGACACAUUUCAAAAUCCAUGCACCCGUUCCGUGUUCAUAUUUCCUGAAGCAAGCAUAGAUUAUUACUCUAUGAAAAGUUUCGAGUUGGCUCGUGUGCUACAUUUACCAUUUUAUUCACUACCCAUCAAUUUGAAGAGGAUGAUCCAUCUAAGGUACCUGAAAAUACACUCUGGAGACCUUCCAACUUCUAUAAGCUGCCUUUGGAAUCUAGAAACACUAUAUAUAUAUCGAACACGGAAACUAUCUAGUGGAAUUUGGAAGCUCAAGCAACUGAAACAUCUUCAUUUAAGUGUGAGUAAGUUACCAAAAGCAAGUGGGGAAAGAAUGGAGAAUCUCCAAACCCUUUGGUUAAAGACUGAGGAUGAACAAAUGAUUUCCAAGCUGAAAAAUGUAAUGUUUCCAAGGUUGAGAAAAUUAACUUUACUCACUAACCCUUGGCAUGGAUAUCCUUCUCAAUCCCUGCUUUUGGAAGAAUUACCAAGUCUACACCAGCUAAGCAAUCUUUGGAGCCUAAACAUAAUGUUUCACCUUGCACAACUUUCAUACUCCAAAGCAUUUCCAUCAAAUCUUACCAAGAUAAGCUUGAAACUACCAUUUGAAGUUGAAUGCCACCAUUUGAUGAACACAUUAGGAGGGCUCCCCAACCUACAAAUUUUGAAGCUAACUGAUGAUGGACACUUUGUUUUUAUACAAUUUGACCUUCAUAUUGGCAUUGGAAAAUUCACGCAGCUUCAAGUGUUGCAUAUGAGGGGAAUAAGCAUCAAUUCGUGGAUAUUAGAGGAAGGUGCAAUGCCUUGUCUUCAACAUCUGUUCAUGAAAAGAUGCCAUUAUUCGUCUGGGCUUGUUGAACAACUUCGUUUUGAGUUCAGGAAUGGUUGUAAGAUUAUAAUACAGGAUUGGUGAUCCGUUGCCGUUGGAAUAUUCGGUGAUGCCAGUGGAUUGGACAAUGAACAUUUUGCUUUCUCAGCGAUGGUAACGCGCAGUGGUUCUUAUCAUUCUGUAUUUUUUGAAUAAUAAUGUCUCUUUUUAUUGCGAAAUUUCCAUUUUUAAUCUCAGUUUUUUGUCUUUUUUUCUUCUUGUUCCUUUUGUUAUGAUGUGGUGACUUCAUUUAAAUGUUGAUUGUAGAAGACUUUAUUUUAUUU